GUAGUUAAUGGCAGUCGAUGACAGACCAUCGUGACAUACGUUUGUCUCUCUCUCUUUAUAAAAUUUAUUUUCAAGCACAAAAUUAUAUUUCCCCCCCAAAAAAAAAAUAAAGAAAAUUUUUCGAUUUCAAACUAUUUUUUAUAUUAUCAUUGAAAUAAGUAUACAUUUUACCAUUGGAAUUUAUAAUUUGAAACCAUCUAUUUAUUGAAGCAACAGGUGAAAUUUUUUUAUACCACAAACGUUUUACUCGGAUUCAUUCGCGCAGUGAGCUCGAUGCGUGUCAAGUUGAUUAUAUUCACCAAAGAAAAUCACGAAAGCCGGUUUUUAUUACGUCUGAUGUCAAUUUUUUGAUUGACUAUAUUUAAUAUAUUAGUCGAAUAUAAUAAACGUCAAUCAAGUGCUUUUCGAAAAAAAGAAAAAAAAAUGUGAAGUGAAAAAUUUUAAGGAGGAAUAAAACCUUAUUUCUUUUUUUUUGGUGCUUUUGGAGAAUUUUUUCAAAAAAGUGUUUUUCUCCCAAAAAUUCUUUUUUUACCCCCAAAAGAAGUGAAUAUGGAAAAUUACAAUUCAGUGAAAGUUUCCCGUUUUUUGAAAAGAUUGGAAUAAUUAUUACAUCUAAGUGGGUCAAGUGAAACAAAAAAUAAUAAUAAUAAUAAAUUUUUCUUUAUUAUUCUCGAGAAAAACUGGACUUAAUCGUUAAUAUUUUACUCAACGAGGAUGAAUCUUUGCAAUUGUGGAUGUAGUGGAGAAAAAAGUGUUUUUGCGAAAAUACGAUAAUUUUUUUUUUGCAUUCUAAAGUUAUAAUUAAUAAAACGAUUAUUGUGAAGUAAAAAGUAGUUUUGAAUUUUAAUGAGAUGAUUUGAGAAAAGAGGAAAAAAGGGGAAAAAAAAAUUUUUUUUAAUGAAAAAGUGAUGAGUAAAAUGAUUGUCGAAGUUGGAUGAUAAAAAAAACGCGAGGAAAAUUACGUUAAAUGUGCCAAAAAAAGUUUUUUGAAAAUUAUUCCCGAUAAGGAGGAGAGAAUAUUGCUGCUCAUUUUUCAACAAAUGUGGAGCGAUGUUCUUCCUAUGGAUUUUCUUGACGUGCCUCUUCUUUGGUACCGAUGGUCAAUUCAGCAACAGUGCUGAUAAUACUCCUCCGGUGAUGUGGUUCGAUAGGAAUAUUCGUUUAUGGGAUACGGAUCCAAUUGGACAUCAAGUUAUUAAAGUAAGAGCUGAGGAUUCUGAGGACGAUGAUUUAACAUUUAGCUUGGAAAAAAAGGACGCCGAUUCUCAAGAGUCGCUGCCUUUUUCAAUCAACAACAUGACUGGAAUUGUCGUUGUAAAUGAGACGCUUCAAGGAAGAGGAGGACAAGAGCUAUUCUUCUACGUGACUGUCUCCGAUGGAAAAGUAGCAUUAAAGUCAGAAGCCUACGCUGUAAUACAAAAAAACGAGACAGAGUCCAAUGCAGGUCACACCAGAUCGCCAUUUCAACAGGGUCCUGGUGGACGUAUGCGGCCGCCAAUUUUGAAAUUACCAAAUCUAUCGGGCUAUCCACGGCCACCAAUAGGACAACUUCCAACAUUACAACCAUCGUCAAUUGAAUUCCCUCAGCCAGUGACUAAGCCAAGAACAACGAAAUUACAGCCACAGGGUGGUGGGAAAUUUGAUGAAAAUGAAGAGCGAACGAGUACGGUAUUUCCUGCGGAAGACGCCGAGGCGAAUGAAAUUGAAGGUCAUACAUUGAGUACUAAAGUUGCGCCAAGUGAAGCACCACAAUCGCAAUUUAUUGCAAUGACCUUCAUACCUGUUGCCGCUGUCUGUAUACUUCUUCUUAUAUUUGGCGCUGGCACAUGGUUCCUUCGAAACAGGUUUUGUGGAAGUCGAAAGUCCAAGGAGGACACGAAGGAGCAGGCCAGCGUUAGUGUAUCAAAUAUAUCGGACGAUCCAUCUCUAGUCCUGAAAAGAUGGGGAGGACCAAAAGCUCGUAACAAUCGUUACGAGCCUUGGGAAAAGGAAAGUCGAUUGGGCAUCCAAAACAAAUCACACAAAGAUAAAUGGGAGUUUCCAAGACACAGGCUAAAGGUCUUCAGUAUUCUUGGAGAAGGUUGCUUUGGGCAAGUGUGGAAAUAUGAAGCCAUAGACAUUGAUGGUAUUCCCGGACCAACGAUUGUUGCUGUUAAAACAUUAAAAGAGAAUGUCACGGAGAGAGAGAGACUGGACUUUGCACAGGAACUCAAAGUCAUGAAAAGCCUCGAGCCACAUCCAAAUGUGGUGAGAUUACUUGGAUGUUGCACUGAACGUGAACCGAUGUUUAUCAUUUUGGAGUAUAUCAGCGGCGGGAAAUUGCAAAGUUUCCUGAGAGCAUCGAGAGAAGAGAGAAAUCAUGGAAAACCCGGUCUCACGUCAAGGGAUUUAACUGGUUUCGUUUAUCAGAUUUCAAAGGGCAUGGAGUAUUUAGCGUCGAAGGGAAUAAUUCAUCGUGAUCUCGCUGCUAGAAAUAUUUUAAUAGACGAGAAUCGAGCGUGUAAAGUGGCGGAUUUUGGAUUUGCAAGGGACGUAGCGGCAAAUCAAAUUUACGAAAGAAAAUCCGAGGGACGACUUCCAAUUCGAUGGAUGGCACCCGAAAGUCUUUAUGAUAAUAUAUUUUCCGUAAAGUCGGAUAUUUGGAGUUUUGGCGUUCUUAUUUGGGAAAUUGUCACUCUUGGUUCGACACCAUAUCCCGGAUUAGGUGCCGCCGAGGUGAUGAGGCGAAUAAAAGAAGGCUAUCGACUCGACAGGCCAGAACAUUGUAAACGUGAACUUUACAAUAUAAUGUAUUACUGUUGGGAUAAGGAUCCAGCGUGUAGACCAUCUUUCGGUGAAUUGGUAAAUUUAACCGAGGGAUUAUUACUUGACGAAACUGAUUACAUUGAACUAGACAGGUUUCCAGAUCACUCAUACUAUAAUGUACUUAAUUUGAGUGGUGAAAAGCUGUGAAUAGAUUUUUUUAAAACUUUUUUCAAUUGUCGGACUUAAUUAAUUUUUGUAAUCACAAUUAUUGAUCAGUUGUGUAAUAAUACUCUAAUUAUGUAAAUAUUUCUUUACUAGGUAUUUAAUAUUAUUAUAAUUAUUAUUACUAUACAUUAUAAAUAUGAAUAAUAGAGAAAGUUGUUGAGAAUUUUUCCUAAAAAAGUUUUUUUUUUACUUUUAUCAAAGUAUAUUUUAAAAAUGUGCUUAAAAAAUUCACAUUGAUAAUUAUUGAAUUUACUGUCAUAUUUAUCAAUAUGAAUUUGCUCAAUUCUGUGAAAUUAUUCUAUUGUGGACCAUUUUUUUUUUAAUUUAAUAUGUGAUGAAU